CAAAAGUUAGCCAGUUGGAGAAGAUGAUAAUGACUAUGUUUGAACGUUUCCUCUUUGCAGUUCUUGCCAGUCUAGCUCUUGCAGCUCUACAAGUUCAAGCACAGGGACAAUCAGGAUUCAUUAGUUUGGACUGCGGGUUACCGAACGGUACUAAUAGCUACACUGAGCCAACAAGUGGGAUAGAUUACACUUCGGAUGAUGGUUAUAUUGAAACUGGAGUUAUUAAGAGCGUAUUAUCCGAAUUCCAGACGGGUAAAGAACAGCAGCUGUGGAAUGUUAGAAGUUUUCCUGAUGGUGAAAGAAACUGUUACAGGUUCAACCUUGCAAAGGGCAGUAAAUACUUGAUCAGGGCAUAUUUUAUGUAUGGUAACUAUGAUGAGCUUGGAAACAUUCCGCAGUUUGAUCUCUACGCAGGGCCUAAUAAAUGGGCAACAGUAACGUUAAAAAAUGUAUCAACUAAUCUAAUCAGGGAGCUCAUCCAUGUCCUCCCAACAAAUUAUUUCCAUGUCUGUCUUGUGAAUACUGGUUCUGGGACACCUUUCAUUAAUGCAUUAGAGAUCAGGCCUCUGAAAAAUACCGUUUACAAGACUGAAUCCGGAUCGUUGAAUCUCUUCAUUCGGCUUGAUGUUGCUUCAUUAACCAAUCAGAUAGUCAGGUAUAAAGAUGAUGUUUAUGAUCGUAUCUGGAAUCCAUAUAAUUCUGUUGGUUGGGGACAGUUGAGUACCAAUUUUACUAUUGAUUCUGACAGUAGUAAUGAUUUUCAACCGGCCCCUGUUGUCAUGAGCACGGCAACUGCGCCGGAAAAUGUCAGUGCCUCUUUGGAUUUUUUCCUGGAUAUUGAUGAUACCAGUCUCCAAUUUUACGUCUACUUGCACUUUGCUGAAGUUCUGCCGCUUCCAGCCAAUGAGACCAGAGAAAUGAACAUUUCUGUGGUUGGGAGGCACUGGUAUGGACCUUUUAGGCCUAAUUACUUGUCCACAACCACAGUCUACAGCACAUCAGCCUUGACUGGUGGAAAUUAUACCUUUAAGAUUCAAAGAACUGAAAGUUCAACUCAACCUCCCAUCCUUAACGCGAUUGAAGCAUACUCUGUGAAAAAUUUCUCCCAGUCACAAACAGAGCUAAAAGAUUUUGAUGCAAUCACAAACAUCAAAUCAAUGUAUGAAGUGAAGAGAAACUGGCAAGGGGAUCCAUGUGUACCUCAAGCUUACUUGUGGGAUGGUCUCAAUUGUAGCUAUAGUGAUGCCUCCAUUCCUCCAAAAAUCACAUCCUUGAACUUAUCCUCAAGUGGAUUGACUGGGGAGAUCCCUCGUUACAUAUCCAAUCUCAGAUCAUUAGAGUCUUUGGACUUGUCAAACAAUAGUUUGAAUGGAUCAGUGCCUGAUUUUCUAUCUCAGCUUCCUUUGACAUUUCUAAACUUGAAAGGAAACAAUUUCUCAGGUUCAGUUCCAGUUGCACUCCUUGACAGAUCAAAAAAUGGCUCCCUAACAUUAAGUGUUGAUGAUGAAAAUCAAAGCCUUUGUUCUUCUGGUUCGUGCACAAGUAAGAAGAAAAAUGUCGUUGUUCCUGUGGUAGCAUCAGUUGCCGGAUUAGUUGUCCUGAUGGGAGCAGCAUUGGGAAUAUUUUUGUUCCUUAAAAGGAGACAACAAGUUGGGAAGGUGGAGACAGAGACCAACAGUAGAAUCGAGACGUUUGAAUCCAACAAUCGACAGUUCUCAUACUCUGAAGUUCUGAAAAUUACUAACAACUUUCAGAGAAUUAUUGGUAAAGGAGGAUUCGGAACAGUUUACUAUGGCCGCUUAUCAGAUGGAACUGAAGUGGCUGUUAAGAUGCUAUCUUCAGAGACAGCUCAGGGGUUUCAGCAGUUUCAAACAGAGGUGAAACUCCUGAUGAGAGUCCAUCAUAGAAAUUUGACAUCCCUUGUUGGAUACUGUGAUGAUGACAACAAAAUGGCUCUGGUUUACGAAUUUAUGGCCAAUGGAAAUUUGCUAGAGCAUCUAUCAGAUAGUAAAAGAAGCGUGUUGAGUUGGCAAGGAAGACUUCGGAUGGCAGUGGAAUCAGCACAAGGACUUGAAUAUUUGCAUAAUGGCUGCAAGCCAGCAAUAGUUCACAGAGAUGUGAAGUCCACAAACAUCUUAUUAAAUGAAAAAUUCCAGGCCAAACUUGCUGAUUUUGGGCUGUCUAAGUCUUUUCCGACUGAAAAUAACACUCAUGUGUCCACAGUUGUGGCUGGAACUCCAGGAUACCUUGACCCUGAGUAUUAUGUGACAAACAAGUUAACAGAAAAGAGUGACGUGUAUAGCUUUGGAGUCGUUCUCUUGGAGAUAAUAACUUGCAGGCCAGCAAUUGCCAGAAUCGAUGAGCAUGAGAAGAUUCCCAUAAGAGAUUGGGUGAGUUCUUUGGUUGCCAAAGGUGACAUAAAGAGCAUUAUUGAUCCAAGAUUACAAGGAGACUUCAGCGUUAAUUCUGCAUGGAAUUCUGUUGAAGUAGCAAUGGCUUGUUUAGCUCUUACUGGUCAUAGAAGGCCAACCAUGAGUCAAGUUGUGACGGAGUUGAGUGAGUGUUUGGCUUCUGAGAUGGCUAGGACACAGUCGGGCCCUGGUUUGGAUUCAAAUGACUCGGUUGAUCGGAUGAUUAGUAUGAAUCUUAGUAGUGUAUUAAGUCCCGGAGCAAGGUAAAAAAAUUUCGGAAAAUGUCGGUAGUGAAUAAUUGAAUGGGCCGGUUUUGAUCCUAGCUGCUUCUGUUGACAAUUGUUAAUACAUUAGUUUUUUUUUUUUUUUUUUUUUUUUUUCUUUUCAAUGAACAAGAACAGUGAUAUUCUUGUCAUUUAAUUGAGAACAGGAUUUUAAAAAUUCAGUGAAUAAUUUGUUUGCCACUUUCCUUAAUUAAUA